AUGUCAGCACCACCUAAACCUUGGGAGCGUCCAAGAGUUCAAACCCAACCUCCGACACAGCCAAUCUCUACGAUGUCUGCUGCUCCAGCUACACCUGCCCCAGCAAUUACUGCGAACCAAACUAAUCCAAAUUUAAAUCCAGCAUUAAUGCCCAACGCAUCAAAUAAUCAAAUAUCUGGAAACAUAACCACAGCUAAUGGAGCAACUCUUAAUGCAUUAGGCAAUAAUACAUAUGCAAGGAGACCUAUGAUGUCGUCGUCACCUUACUCAUCAAUGUAUAGACCUGGAAUGUACUCUUCAUAUGGAGGAAUGGGGAUGGGAAUGGGGUAUGGCGGAUAUGGAGGAAUGGGGAUGGGAAUGGGAGGAUAUGGAGGAUACGGAGGAAUGGGAGGAUAUGGAAUGGGAAUGGGAGCCUAUGGUGAGCCUCCAUCAAAAGGGAUGAUUGCAAUUGAAAGGUUUUCUAUAUUAGUCAGCUCGCUUUGUUUUACUGCUGAGACUAUUGAAAACAGCAUGCAUUCUAUGGGAGUUUUUUGGGAAGCCUUAAUUAGAAUUAAAAGCUGAGGAUCAGCUGGAGUCAAAACAGUGCUUAUUUAUUUGAGAAACAAAUUCAAUGCAUUGGUGCAACAUUUGCUGUAUUUCAUUGGAAGAGGCGAUGAGCCUGAAGAAGAUUUGUCUAUAGUAAAAGUAUUGCUAAAUCUUGCAGCAGUUUAUAUAUGCUUACAGUUGGGAAGAUUUUUAUGGAGUGAAAUGACAAAAGCUCCAAUAGAAGAAGCGACAUCUUAUAACUAUCUUUAA